GCCUCCUCCGCGCGCACGCACACAACAACAGCCCGCCCUGUCUUUACGAACACACCGGCACUCUCAGUUCACUAAACAACCUCUUCUACUGCACUCACGCGCACCAAAAAAAGAUAACGCGAUCUAUCGAUCUUUUUUCAAAUCCAAAAAACUACGCCGACUGAUAGGCAUUUAUAGUUGGCUAGACAAGACGUCUACAGCCGAACGCGUCUUCGAAAACUAUACAUUUCCAGCUAUAUAUGGCAGCGUCAAUAAUUAAACAUGUCAUUUUAAUUAUGUAAAUACGAACGGGUGAUAAUCAAUUUAAAUUAUGUGUUUCGAUCUCGUUUAAUUUAAUGUAAACAUAUAUUUGUCACUUGUGACGUCGCGUUGUUCACGCUAGUGUUUGGCGCUAUGGUUUUCUGUUGAAGCUAGUUGUGCCACCGAUGUUUGGACUCGGGCCUGUGCGUUUAUAUUGUGAUCGCCGUUAAUGGAAUCCUUACACUGACUCUCAUACCAUUAUGGAACGCCACCAAAAUGGUAUGGAUGUGUGGGUAGGUCAGGGCCGGGUGAAUCAGUUGGGCGGUCUUUUCAUCAACGGACGGCCUCUGCCAAAUCACAUCAGACUGAAAAUCGUCGAAAUGGCGGCAGCAGGCGUCAGGCCUUGCGUCAUCUCUCGCCAACUAAGGGUCUCUCAUGGCUGCGUCUCCAAGAUACUCAAUAGAUAUCAGGAGACUGGAUCGAUCCGUCCGGGUGUAAUCGGUGGCUCGAAGCCAAGAGUCGCGACUCCAGAAGUAGAAGCGAGGAUCGAAGAGCUCAAACGUCAAAAUCCUGGUAUAUUCUCUUGGGAAAUACGCGAGAAAUUGAUUAAGGAAGGCGUAUCAGACCCGCCCAGUAUAUCUUCCAUUUCAAGGCUCCUGCGCGGCGGCGCUCGGGAUGCUGACGGCAAGAAAGACUACAGCAUUGAUGGUAUUCUUGGAGGUCGCGGUUCCGAUUCAUCGGACAUAGAUUCCGAGCCAGGGCUGACACUGAAGAGGAAGCAGCGCAGAUCCCGGACCACGUUCACAGGCGAGCAGUUAGAUGCUUUGGAACGCGCUUUUCAUAGAACUCAGUACCCUGAUGUCUACACCAGAGAGGAGUUAGCGCUGCAAACAGGCCUCACCGAAGCGAGAAUACAAGUAUGGUUUUCAAACCGAAGAGCUCGCCUACGGAAACAUACGGGAUCCAACAGCGCGCCUAGCAUAGCCGGCUACUCCCCAAUACCGAUGCCUCAGAUACCCUGCCCCUACCCCGGAGGCGAAAUACCGUCACUGCCUCAACAUCAUCCGCAACACCCGGAUGCAUGGCAUCACCAGAAAUAUGCCAAUUACAACCAACUCAUGGCGCAAUCGCAGCAUCUAAAUCAAGCAUUUCAAAAUGCAGCUUUUCCUAGCACAUCUGGAUCUACCUUCGGUCAUUUAGUAACGGGCACCAAUGGACCGCCGCACAGUCAAAUCCUAGAUGCCGGAGUUCCGCGAAACGAUUAUGCACGCUACUCUAGCAACGAUGUUUACAAUAAACCUAUAAAUUAUUUGCCCAAAGAUACUGAAGAAGAGAAAGUGCCUAAUGACGAAAUCAUCGAACCAAGGGAAGAUAAUUUUCCAAAACCAGCUGGAGAUGAUUAUGACAAAACGUUACCAAAUAGUGAUUCUGAUUACCCUAAAGUUCCUGCAGACUACUCCAAAGUUUCUGUUGAUCCAUCAGUAACUUCUAAUUGGAGUCCUUCACAUAACUCGUUAAACAUGAGUUUGGCUGGAUUAUCUAGUGAAUAUAAAUAUAUGAACGAUCCUUACACCUUCCCUAAUAUAGCCGAUCCACUGAAUCAACACAGUUAUCCAAAUCCUCCUAACGCUGCCAACAAGUACUGGCUUUGACAUUUUCUUAGCAUAAUUAUAAUAAGCAAUUAUUGUUUUAGCGAAUACAAACUGUUAUUUUUAUUUAUAUUUUAAUAUUCAUAGUUGUUAUAAUUAGAAUCAAUUGUGAGAAAUUAAGUACCUCUUAUAAUACAUUCCAGUACGAUACCUAUAACAACCAAAUUUUGUAAAAAGUAAUUUAGAAAAUUAUUGCAAAAAAUAUAUUAGUAUUAAUAGA